AUUACCCAGAUAUGUUUGCCCCGAGUUCAGACUUACAGUCAGCUUUAACUAUUAACUUCUGUCAUAUAUAUGCCCCUUGCAGAUUCAUAUCACACUUUUAUUUCGUGCAUUUAGACGAGAUGCAGCAUUAAAAACUGUUGCGGGAUUUGGCUUGGCUGUGACAAUAUUAAAGGAGGCGUAGUGGAAUGUACGUAGGUAGCCUGAGAGGCAAACUCAGGGCGCAAAUGUUCUGUCAAAACAGGGCAAGGAGGAAAUAACGAACUGGUUUUCAGGGUAGCAUCAAGUGGUUAGCUGUCGUCAACGAGUUUCUUUUUGGUUAAAUAUUCAGAAGUAAAUUAACUGACAAACUAUAACCUCAAAACGGAACGGUUGCAUUCGUUUUGGCUGGACCGGGCGGCAGAAGCAAAAAAACCCGUCUUUAUAUUAGCUCCUUGGUUUGGUAGCUACUUCGUAAAGAGUGUAUAAAGUUAGUUAGCUAGCGUCAAAUCGACGCUACGUGGUGUUCGCUUACCGUGUAUUUAAUGCUAAGCUACGUAGCUAGCGAAAGCCAACACAUCUAACAUUGUCCAGAUUUUUUUGAGAAACACUGGGCUUUAUUAAAGCCAUGGCAGAUGAAAAUACACAGUUUUGUGGCAAUUGCAAACAUGACAUUCCAGAGGCUAAUUUUACUACUCAUGAGAUCCAUUGUCAAAGAAACAUCGCCCUGUGUGGUGUGUGCCAGGAGCCAGUGCCCCGGUCGGAUCUGCAGGAGCACAUGCAGCAGGAGCAUACAAAGAUUACAUGCAAGUGUGGUUUGAAGAUUGAGAAGAAUCAUAUUGACAUUCACCAGAGCUCUGAAUGUCCUCAGCGGCUGGUCCCAUGCCAGUACUGUGAACUAGAGCUUGUUUUCAGUCAGUCCAAAGAGCAUGAGGAUUAUUGUGGUACACGCACUGAGCCCUGCCCACACUGCAAAUGCAAUGUAAUGUUGAGAGAACAAGCUGUGCAUCCAGUCUUAUGUGGAAGCCUCACACCGCCCCAAGAGAGGAACAACAGCAGGAUGAGUCGCAGUCAAGUAGAACCACAGUCUCCAGGGUCUUGGUUUGAAGCCCACUCCAUCCGAAACAUCAUAAAAGCCCAAGAAAGAGGCUCCAAGAAUAACAACAUCCAUGCAGCAGAACAACAGGGUUUUCCCCAUGCAUUUGAUCCCAGAGUUUAUAACACUUCAAGGGGACCUGGAGACUGGAAGAAUACUUCACAGAGGAAUACAACAUAUAGUCACUUGCUGGGGCAGAGUGAUUUUCUGAAUAGCAGCAGCAGUAGCAGCAGCAGCAGUGCGUGGCCACAUGGUGAUCAGACGCAUGAUGACGAUUCAUCAGGCCUGGACUACAUGUUGGCUCUCAGCCUGCAGAGUGAUGGAGAAUCGGUGGCUGGAGGUGUAGAGGGCAACCUGUGGAGUGAUAUCUGGGACCACAAGAUCGGGAAGACGUCUAUCACCUCUGUAAACUCUCCACUCUCUCCACCCAACAACAACUACCCACACUUCACUACAGCGACAAGCACAAGUGCAGUCCAGGACCAUGAUCAAACAGAUACCAUGUUGCCUUGUGAGUUUUGCGAAGAGCUGUUUCCAGAAGAGGAUCUCAUUUUGCAUCAGACUGGGUGCAGCCCAGCCUCCGCUUUUGCGUCUUUCAGCAAGCAGCCUUCCUCUCCACCUAAAGAGGACAGGAGCAGGAAUGCUUCAGGGCUGAUGCGCAGCCUCCCCGACACACUCGCUUCCAACAUCCCCACUUUCCCUCGGUCUGUCUCCCCGGCCUCUUACAGUCCCCCAGCCAGUCCACUAGAGGGUGAUGUGGUCAUUCCCUGUGAAUUCUGUGGUGUGGCUCUAGAAGAGGCUGUCGUCUUCCACCAUCAGGACAAAUGUGAUAUGCGCCCUCAGACUGCCCAUCCACUGAAUAAUAUAAUAAAAGCAUCUGUCAGAAAACCACUGAGCCCUGCUAAAGAAACAUUUGGGCAGAUGUCUCCAGAUUUUCAGAGGAGAAUAAAGCAGCAAGCUGACUUCUUGGAUGAGGAUUUUGGAUUUGACAGACACACCCCACUAGGAAAAAACCCAAAGGAAUGGCAGAGAGGCUACAUUGGACUACCAAGUCAGAGGAAGACGUCCAACUGUGAUGUUUCUGUGAAAAACAAACCUCAGCAGGUCAAUGAAGCAGAGGGGGCUCAUUCGUCUUUCUAUGACACUGAGAAGUCAGGCUCUGCAUCUCUAAAGGGACCUCAUCUACCAGAAAAUAAAGAAGGGAGAGUGAACAGAAGUAAUCCAAUGGCAAAGCUGCCCAAGAAGCAGAAUGAAGAGCAGCAGGAAGAGUGAGAGCAGGAACAUCUGGAGAUAUAGUAAAACCAAAUCUCCUACUCUGCUUUUCAUUUAUCUUUUUGCACACUUUUGAAAAUAAAGCAUACAUGUAUCUGAUAAGUGCCUGUGUGAGCAUUGGUAUCUUAUAGUUUUAUUAAAGUCUAAGUAAGUAGUUUGGUUUAUUCAAGCAUAUUCUGCUUUAUUUCAAGAUUUGUUUCAAAGGUUUGUAUGUCUAACAUCUAGCCUUAACAGUUAACUUAUAAAUAGAUUUUUAUUUACACUAAAUUUGAUUUUGAAUUUUUUACUGUACAAGUCAUGUCAUAGCUCAUUAAGAACAUUGACAACAUCAAACAAACACACGACUUUGUUGGUGUCUAACUUGAUCUUUAUCUUGUUACUUCAGCCAAGGACAUUUUGUUUUCACCGCUGUUUUUUUUUUUUUCUUUUUUCUUUUUUUUUUCCAGGUCAUUUCUCUGUGUUCCUGUUGGUUUUUGCAACUUUAUGUAACCUAAAGCACUUUGAUAGAUUAUUUUGUUAAAAAGGGCUUUAGGAACAGAUUUGAUAAAUUUAUGCAUCUUUUACCAAGAAAAAAAUUAACUGUAUUAUUGAACAUUUGUCUUUUUAUAUUGUUGAAGAUUUGUCUUUAAUACUCUUCAGUAAUAUUUAGAUUUUUUUUUUUUUUAAAUCAUAUCUAUAUAACUAUAUACAUAGUGUUAUGAUGAGAUGGCUUUUGAAGCAGUGUCUCCUGUCCACCCUUCUUUUAAGUAGUAUGAAAAACUUUGUGUGUUGUUCCUCCAAAUAUGAUUUAAGAUUGAUAAGAUGUAUUUUGUGUGUAACAUAGGGUCCGCUUUAGGAAUGCAUAUAAAAUAGGCAACCUUGUGCCACAGAUGGUUGAGUCUGCAAAUUUCCCUUUUUAAUUAAAGACAACAUCAGAGCGUUUUCCCAGUUAACAUCUUAUCAGCGGUCCCAAGUAGAGAGCAGCAACUAAUCAGUGAAAUCAUCUGGUGCAGUGUUUAGUUGGACUUGCAGCACUCAUGGCACAUAGCUGACUAUUCCUGUUUAAGAACAACUUUCUGCUCUUUGUCUUGUGUGGUUAUUAAAUGUUUUUAAUCAUG